GGCGGGGCUCCGGCCGGCGGGGCGCGGCCGGCGUGCGGAGCUCCUCCCCUUUCCUCCGGCGGCGCCGGCGGCCGCAACACUUCCGGGUCGGCGCGGAGGCGGGGCGGAGGCGCCGCGGCGGCUGUUAUUGUUCGACUGGGCUCGGCCGGGUGCUGUCUCUCUCGACUUCGCUGGUGUCAGUUUGUCCGGCUUCCUCUCAGCCCCUCACUCCCGGCGGCUGACAGCGGCGGCGGCGGCGGCGGGCGGGGCCUGGCGUUUCGAGGCCGAGGAGCGCGGGGGUGAGGGGCGCGGAGGAGGAGCAGUAGCAGGAGGAGGAGCCGUGUGCCCUGGCACUGAGCGGCCGCGGCCAUGGCGUACGCCUAUCUCUUCAAGUACAUCAUCAUCGGCGACACAGGUGUUGGUAAAUCAUGCUUAUUGCUACAGUUUACAGACAAGAGGUUUCAGCCAGUGCACGACCUUACUAUUGGUGUGGAGUUUGGUGCUCGAAUGAUAACUAUUGAUGGGAAACAGAUAAAGCUUCAGAUAUGGGAUACAGCAGGGCAAGAGUCUUUUCGUUCUAUCACACGGUCAUAUUACAGAGGUGCAGCAGGAGCUUUACUAGUGUAUGAUAUUACAAGGAGAGAUACGUUCAACCACUUGACAACCUGGUUAGAAGAUGCUCGCCAGCAUUCCAAUUCCAACAUGGUCAUUAUGCUUAUUGGAAAUAAAAGUGAUUUAGAAUCCAGAAGAGAAGUAAAAAAAGAAGAAGGUGAAGCUUUUGCCCGAGAACAUGGACUUAUCUUCAUGGAAACUUCUGCUAAGACUGCUUCCAAUGUAGAAGAGGCAUUUAUAAAUACAGCAAAAGAAAUUUAUGAAAAAAUCCAAGAGGGAGUCUUUGACAUUAAUAAUGAGGCAAAUGGCAUUAAAAUUGGCCCUCAGCAUGCUGCUACUAAUGCAACACAUGCAGGCAAUCAGGGAGGACAGCAGGCCGGGGGAGGCUGCUGUUGAGUCUGUUUUUACUCUCUAGCUGCCCGAAUGGGGCCUACUCACUCACUCCUUCACCCUCUCUCCUCCUGCUCAGCUGAGACAUGAAACUAUUUGAAAUGGCUUUAUGUCACGGAAGACUUUAAUCCUUUAAAUUCUUGUAUAACUUUGAAUAAAUGGUUAAUGUUCACUUAAAAGACAGAUUUUGGAGAUUGUAUUCAUAUCUAUUUGCAUUUGAUUUCUAGGUCAAUGGAUGUGAUUAUUUUUGUUAAAUGUUGUCUUGUGCCCUUAACUACGAGCUGAAUUGUAUUAAACACUACAAAGUCAUCUUGAGUAUUUUAAAUCAGUCCGUGUAGUUAGGUUUCCCAGCACCUGUGGUUACCUAAUGUUUAAUAUGAUAGAACUGUCCUCAAAAAGUUUGUCAAUUUUCAAGGCCAUAAGGAAAAGCAGAAGGACUCUUUUGAUUUUGUAUUUAUCAUUUACUUUCUGUAUAUAUAGUUUAAUAACCUGCUUGGGUGUAAUUUGCCAAGCUUGAAUUCUUUAAUGCAUUUGCAUAAAUUCUAUACUGUUUAGAGCUUAAAGCUACAGAAGCAUUGUUAGAAAUUGCUUGGACACUAAAUUUUAAACUUUUUGACAUUGUUAACAAGCAUGUUCAUCUUUUCUUGUCACUAGUCCAAGAACAAUAUGCUUAAUGUACAUUACUAAAGGCUUUGUAUGUAUUAACCUGUUUUAAUGCCAAAAGUUUGCUAUUUGUCCACAAUUUCUUUAAGGCCUCUUCAGAAAAGGAUUGUUUGCCUUAAUGAAUACUGUUGGGAAAAAACACAGUAUAAUGAGUGAAAAGGGCAGAAGCAAGAAAUUCCUACAUCUUAGCGACUCCAAGAAGAAUGAGUAUCCACAUGUAGAUGGCCCAUUAUGAGGACUUUAAUCUUUCCUUAAACACAAUAAUGUUUUCUUUUCUUUUAUUCACAUGAUUUCUAAGUAUAUUUUUCAUGCAGGACAGUUUUUCAACCUUGAUGUACAGUGACUGUGUAAAAUUUUUCUUUCAGUGGCAACCUCUAUAAUCUUUAAAAUAUGGUAAGCAUCUUGUAUGUUUUGAAGGGGAUAUGAGAAUAAAUCUACCAGAUGGAAAAUCCUGUUAAAAAGUAGAAAAGCUUUAGUAAUUUUACUCAGUGUGGUGGUUUUAUCCUUUUUUUCUUUCUCUCCCUUGGUCUAUAAUGAAAUUGUUAUAGCAGUGCAAAAUAAAAUCCUAUGUAUAAAA